AUGGCGAAUGAAUUCGAAGCGGGUCUGCAGCCAGGCAUCCUGCACAAUUAUACUCCAGGACUCACAGCUUUUGAAUAUGUGUCCAGGCUAGACGCUGGAGACCACAAACCCCACAGCCUGCUAUUUAUUGGCGGCUUAGGUGACGGAUUCUUCACGGUACCGUACCUCAGUGAUAUCUUCGCGGGUCUUCAAUCUGGAAGCUGGUCUGUGUUUUCGGUACUUCUUUCCUCAUCAUAUGGCGGAUGGGGGAUGGGUAGUCUAGACAAUGACGUCGAGGAGAUAGGUAAAUGUGUCGACUAUGUGAAAGCAUACAAAUCCUCCAAAAAGUCCGAUCAAGCUACGGCGCAUGGCCCGGGCAAAAUUGUGAUUAUGGGUCAUUCCACUGGAAGCCAGGAUGUGCUUCAUUAUCUCUAUUCCCGUAAUCCAGGUCCCCAAGCUUCAAAGCCGCGGCCUGCUGUGGACGGUGCUAUAAUGCAAGCCCCUGUUUCCGACAGAGAAGUGAUCCUCAACGCACUGCAAUCAGGAAACGAGCAAGGAUCCCCGGAGGAACUAAAGAGAAUCUACGAUGACCUUGUUGCCGUGGCGAAAAACCAAGGCACAGUGGAGGACAGGGAUACUCUCUUACCCCUCUGGAAGCUUGAGAAGAUGGGAUUCCACAAUACCGCCAUCUCUGCUAAAAGAUUUCUGAGUUUGGCAAGUCCUGAUAGCCCUGAAGCUCCCUGGGAGGAUGAUCUAUUUAGUUCCGAUCUUACGGAUGCUAGACUUGAAGAGACUUUCGGGAUGGUCUCUACUCGUGGUCUACUGAAUAAAUCGUUACUUGUUUUACCAGGGGGCGCCGAUGAAUAUGAAGCCCCUUGGCUUGAUAAAGAAAAACAAUUGCAGAGGUGGAAAGCAGCAAUUACAAAGGGUUCAUCCAAUCCUCAUAUUUGGGAUCCGAGUAGUGGUAUAAUUGCCGGAGCUACUCAUUCGCCGAGUGGACCCGCUCAAGCUCCGCAACGGGAAGAACUGGUUGCGAGGGUCAAAGCUUUUCUACGAAAUAUUGAAAUGGAGAAUUGA